AGUCUUGCACUCCUCGGGAGCCCGGGGAAAGGCAGUCUUUAUUCCAGCUAUAUAGCCCUACACGCACCGCAGCAGCUUAAACUCGCUACCACACCGAUGAUUUACUCAGGGACUUACAAUGUUUGCAGUAAAACGUUUUAUUAUUCUUCAUGGGUUAGUUGAACACGCCUGAAUAUAGACUUGUUGGUACGAUCAAUGAUUGACUGCAUUAUGAUUGUCAUGCAGAAAGCGACGGGGGCAAUUUGAAGGAGCCUUCACAGCUUCGGUGGAUUUGUUUGGUUCUACCAAAGUUGUAAAUCAGCAGGGGAACAUCAAUGAUCGCAGUGGCCGAGUGCAGUACGGUGACUUACCUUACUUGCUCAGUCGUCAAAUGCUAAAUUUACGUGCUGCAGGACUUUGGUCCAGGCAAGGUCUUCUCUUAAGCAGCAAGAGGACUCUUCCUCCGAGCAUUGAGGAAAAAAGAAAUAAAGACAAUAUGAUGAAUGAAUGGUUGAACAUUUCUGAAUAGACUUAGCUGGAGGAAGCUUCAAGACAUUUGGGGAUUUUAUUCAAAUUCACUCUGGAACUUAUUUUCAUGUUCGCGCUCUCUGCUUUAUGACAAUGGAUUAUUUACUGUUUUUAUGCAAUUUUUUGCUGCCUGCAGCAUUAGCUGUAGAAGAAACAUUAAUGGACACAAAAUGGGCCACGACGGAACUGGCCUGGACAGCGCAUCCUGAGACGGGGUGGGAGGAGGUCAGUGGAUACGAUGACGCCAUGAACCCCAUCAGGACGUACCAGGUGUGCAACGUGCGCGAAAUGAACCAGAACAACUGGCUGCGCAGCAACUUCAUCCCGCGCAAGGACGUGCUGCGAGUCUACGUGGAAAUGAAGUUCACCGUGCGUGACUGCAACAGCAUCCCCAACAUCCCAGGCUCCUGCAAGGAAACCUUCAACCUCUUCUACUACGAGUCGGACUCAGACUCAGCGACGGCCACCAGUCCAUUCUGGAUGGAGAACCCAUACGUCAAGGUGGACACCAUCGCCCCUGAUGAGAGCUUCUCUAUGCUGGAGUCCGGCCGCGUCAACACCAAGGUCCGCAGUUUCGGGCCACUCUCCAAGGCGGGGUUCUACCUGGCCUUCCAGGAUCUGGGGGCCUGCAUGUCCCUCAUCUCCGUCCGUGUCUUCUACAAGAAGUGCUCCACCACUAUCGCCAACUUCGCCGUGUUCCCCGAGACGGCCACGGGGGCAGAAGCCACGUCGUUGGUGAUUGCUCCCGGAGUCUGUGUCCCCAACGCGCUCGAAGUGUCCGUUCCUCUCAAGCUGUACUGCAACGGAGACGGAGAGUGGAUGGUUCCGGUGGGGGCUUGCACCUGCGCAGCUGGGUUUGAGCCUGCCGUAAAGGACACUCAAUGCCAAGCUUGCAGCCCCGGAACCUUCAAGUCGAGACAGGGAGAGGACUUCUGCUCCUCCUGUCCCCCCAACAGCCGCACAAGCUCGGGGGCGUCCAACAUCUGUUCCUGCCGCAGCGGUUACUACCGUGCCGACAACGACUCCCCCGACUCCGCCUGCACCAGCGUGCCCUCGGCCCCGCGCAGCGUCAUCUCCAGCGUAAACGAAACCUCCCUGCUGCUGGAGUGGAGCGAGCCUCGAGAUUCGGGCGGCCGCGACGACCUGCUCUACAACAUCAUCUGCAAGAAGUGCCUGCCCGAGCACGGGGCGUGCACACGCUGCGACGACAACGUGGACAUCUCCCCGCGUCACCUGGGCCUCACGCAGCGGCGCGUGGCCGUCCGCAACCUGCAAGCCCACACGCAGUACAGCUUCGAGAUCCAGGCCGUCAACGGCGUCUCCAACAAGAGCCCGUACCCCCCGCACUUUUCCGCCGUCAACAUCACCACCAACCAGGCCGCACCAUCUGCAGUACCUACUGUACACCUGAUGGGGGCUACAGCCAGCACUAUGAGCUUAUCCUGGUUGCCUCCAGAAAAACCCAAUGGGAUUAUCUUGGAUUAUGAGAUCAAGUACCGCGAGAAGGACCAGGGAGAGGCCAUUGCGCACACGAUGACUGCACAGCGCAGCUCUGCCAGGAUAGAGGGCCUGAAAGCAGGAACGCCGUACAUCGUGCAGGUUCGAGCACGAACCGUUGCCGGCUAUGGCCGCUACAGCAGCCCGGCGGAUUUCAGCACCAACUUGCAGAGGGACCCGGAAAAGUCCCUGCAAGAACAGCUGCCCCUCAUCGUGGGCUCUGCCACUGCCGGUCUGGUCUUCAUCAUUGCCGUUGUUGUCAUCGCCAUUGUCUGCUUGAGGAAGCAACGCAAUGGCUCAGAGUCUGAGUAUACAGAGAAAUUACAGCAGUAUAUUACUCCUGGAAUGAAGGUUUACAUUGACCCAUUUACCUACGAGGAUCCGAAUGAAGCUGUCCGCGAGUUUGCCAAAGAAAUUGACAUCUCCUGUGUGAAGAUCGAGGAGGUCAUCGGGGCAGGAGAGUUUGGCGAAGUCUGCCGUGGCCGACUCAAGCAGCCUGGCCGUCGGGAAAUUAUCGUGGCCAUCAAGACGCUGAAGGCGGGCUACACGGAGCGGCAGAGGCGGGACUUCCUGAGCGAGGCCAGCAUCAUGGGCCAGUUCGACCACCCCAACAUCAUCCGCCUGGAGGGCGUGGUCACCAAGAGCCGGCCGGUCAUGAUUGUCACAGAGUUUAUGGAGAACGGUGCGCUGGACUCAUUUCUCAGAAUGAACGAUGGGCAGUUCACCGUGAUCCAGCUGGUGGGGAUGCUGAGGGGCAUCGCGGCCGGGAUGAAGUAUCUGUCUGAUAUGAACUAUGUCCACCGAGACCUUGCUGCCCGCAAUAUUCUGGUCAACAGCAACUUAGUCUGCAAGGUGUCUGACUUUGGCCUGUCCCGGUUUUUGGAGGACAACACCACAGACCCCACCUACACAAGCUCACUGGGGGGAAAGAUUCCAAUUCGCUGGACAGCACCCGAGGCCAUUUCUUACAGGAAGUUCACCUCAGCCAGUGACGUGUGGAGUUACGGAAUCGUGAUGUGGGAAGUGAUGUCAUACGGUGAACGUCCAUACUGGGACAUGAGCAAUCAGGAUGUGAUCAAUGCCGUGGAGCAGGAUUAUCGACUGCCGCCCCCCAUGGACUGUCCGACCGCGCUCCAUCAGCUGAUGCUGGACUGCUGGGUGAAAGAGAGGAAUCUCAGGCCCAAGUUCUCGCAGAUUGUGAACACGCUGGAUAAGCUCAUCCGCAACGCGGCCAGCCUGAAGGUGGUCACCAGCACACAGGCAGGGGUCUCCCAGCCCUUGCUUGACCAUUGCAUCCCAGACUUUACAACCUUCACCACUGUGGGCGAUUGGCUGGACGCCAUCAAGAUGAGCCGUUACCGUGACAACUUCAUUAACGCCGGCUUCACCUCCUUUGACUUAGUGGCACAAAUUACUGCAGAGGACCUCCUGCGGAUAGGAGUAACAUUGGCAGGCCACCAAAAGAAGAUUUUGGGCAGCAUUCAGGACAUGAGGCUACAGAUGAACCAAACACUUCCAGUCCAAGUCUGAGGAAUAAGGGGGAGGGACUGUCCUGGAGAGAACCAAUGGGAAACCCCAGCUGCCUGACCAUCUCUGCCAAUCAGAAAACUGGCUUGCAGUGCCUCAGACAAUUCCCCACACUUCCUGUUUUUUAUGUUAGUACUGCAUUUCCACCUGAUGGACAUUUAUUAUGAUUCUUUUCUACGUUUUUUGGAACUGACAUCCCCCGUGUGCCUCCCGGGGUUUGGCUGGGGGGGGGGGUGCCCUUUGCAUGCGUGCGAUUUGUGUGAUCUGUGCAGCUGGCGGCAACGUCUCCGAUUCCCUGAUCUGUACGACUUCCACUGAUAAACCACCCCCCCCCUCCCCCCAG